GAAUCUUUGGAUUCCUGUUGUCAAGCCACCCAAAAGUUACGCUGGCAGAGAAGGGUGAGGGUAUGCUAAGCACACUGGAAGGAUUCGUGUUUUAAGAGGAUCUUGGAGCAGCUUCCCUUUUGGAUGUCCCAUGUCUGAAAACAGCAUCCUCGUGUACAGCGCUUUAAGCCGGGGGCGCCGAGCCAGUCUGAGUUCAUUUCUGACUACGUCCUUCCAGCCGAGUGACCUGUUUAGUUUCUUUACCUAGCAGUGUGAGAUAAUAAUGACACCUGCUUGUUAAAUAAGUAAUAACGUAGGAAAAGACUUAGAAAUGUUUCCGGGGACUUCAGAGCCUGCUCCGCGCCCCUAUCACCCACCCUGUGGUGGUAGCGAGUAUGCAGGUUCCAUUGGCAGAUUUCAGUCCGGGUGGGUGAAGGCAUCAGGGUCUGAGCUUAGAAGAUCUGAGCCUGUUGUUGAUCAUUGCUUCACAUGUCUGUUAAAUGACAAUAAGCAUUCUCUUUUUCUAUUUCCACCCAGCCAAGUUAGCGAGACGCAGCCAGGAGCGAGACAAUCUUGGCAUGCUGGUCUGGUCGCCUAAUCAGAAUCUCUCAGAAGCAAAACUGGACGAGUACAUCGCCAUCGCCAAGGAGAAGCACGGCUACAACAUGGAGCAGGCUCUUGGGAUGCUCUUUUGGCACAAGCAUAACAUUGAGAAAUCCUUGGCUGACUUGCCCAACUUUACCCCCUUCCCAGACGAGUGGACUGUGGAAGACAAAGUCUUGUUUGAGCAAGCCUUUAGUUUCCACGGGAAAACUUUCCAUAGAAUCCAACAGAUGCUUCCUGACAAGUCGAUAGCGAGUCUGGUGAAAUUUUACUACUCGUGGAAGAAGACGAGGACUAAGACCAGCGUGAUGGAUCGCCAUGCUCGCAAGCAGAAGCGAGAGCGGGAGGAAAGUGAGGAUGAACUGGAAGAAGCAAAUGGAAACAAUCCCAUUGACCUUGAGAUUGAUCAGAACAAGGAGAGCAAAAAGGAGGUGCCCCCUGCUGAGACAGUCCCUCAGAUCAAGAAAGAAAAGCAUAGCACCCAAGCCAAGAACAGAGCCAAGAGGAAACCUCCGAAAGGAAUGUUCCUCUCCCAAGAAGACGUGGAGGCCGUGUCUGCGAACGCCACUGCGGCCACCACGGUGCUGCGCCAGCUGGACAUGGAGCUGGUCUCCAUCAAGCGCCAGAUUCAGAACAUUAAACAGACCAACAGUGCUCUCAAAGAAAAACUUGACGGUGGAAUUGAGCUGUACCGACUUCCUGAGGUCAUUCAGAAGUGCAACGCGCGCUGGACCACAGAGGAGCAGCUGCUCGCCGUGCAAGCCAUCAGGAAAUACGGACGGGACUUCCAGGCCAUCUCCGAUGUGAUUGGGAACAAAUCAGUGGUACAAGUGAAAAACUUUUUCGUAAAUUAUCGGCGCCGCUUCAACAUAGACGAAGUUUUACAAGAAUGGGAGGCGGAGCAUGGGAAGGAAGAGACCAAUGGGCCCAGCGGCCAGAAGCCCGUCAAGUCCCCGGACAGUGCUCUCAAGGUCCCUGAGGAGGAGGAGGAGGCUGCUUCUGUACUUGACGUCAGAUAUGCAUCUGCCUCCUGAGAAACGCAGGCAGCUUCCGCACAUGGUACGGGCGUCUGUGUUCCCGGACAUCAGGUAUGACAAGGCUUCACCUAGCCAUCUGCUCACAUCUGUGGACAAGCAGCUAUUACCAAAAACAGCAACACUUCCGGUCCUGUGCUACAUCUGCCUUAAUUCUUUGCUCGUUUCUCCAUGUUGACGCCACUUCCCAGAGAGCUCCGUGCAUCUCGUGCAGACUACGUGCUGGGAUCUCGGGGCUGCACGGCGCCCUGGCCCUGGGGCCGCUUCCCCAGGCAGAGCUCCGGGCCCCCAUGGCAGCUCUCCCCAUCCGUCCACAGCUUCCGAGCAGGUGGCCGACUGGAAGGCGCGCCUCUUCCUGCAUGGCCUGGAUCGCUCUGUGCAUCAUGUCGUUCUCAGCAACUGGACCUGUUGGCCUUCUGGGGGGUCUCCGGUUCCGUUCGGAGGCUCCCACCUGAGAUCAUGUUUCUGGAUGUCACCGUGUGUGCAGACUGCACUGUCCCCUUCAUCGUGCCAAACGCCCCGAUUCGAUCCUGUUCCCCGGAGCAGGUGCAAUGAUGGCUGAUGAAUCUAGUUGGCGUUGUUGACCUCUCCUCCUGCCUUCCCGGCUGGUAGAAAGCUGGUUCGCAGCAGCUCUCUUUGAACACGUAGCUUAAAAGGAACGUGGGCUCCAUCCUCUGCCUUCAGCUCUCAGCAUCGCAGCCCCAGGAUGGGUGCCGCCCUCUUUUCCCGGCUCCCCCCAACCAACUCCAGGAGAUUUGGUCCGUGCCCUGCACUGGUGCUUGUACACUUGGACUUGGUGCCUUCUCCUCGGGCCGCGCAUUCUCAGUCCCGUUUCUGCUUCAGUGUCGUAGCUCUUUCACGUCCAUUGCUUGCCAAAGAUGACACCACCGGAUGUGAGAGCCGCCGCCGGCCUGCAGGGGCAGGCUUCGAUGGCAGGCAGUCCACACGGGAACAGUAGCCGGGAGGGUUUCUAAAAGUGCACGUUGCUCCCCUCCUCCUGGGCAGCCUGGCUUCUCCCUGUCACUCCACACCCCUUGGUCCUCCGGCCCCCAUGAGGCCACACGGCCCCGCCCUCUCCCACAGCACAGCACAGAGCGAGGCGGGAGCAGGUGGCUGGUGCUGAUGAGCCCAUGGCGAGAGCACACAGCCCGCAGUGGGUGCACUGCCCCUGGUUGGCCUGGGAGCGAGUGAAACUUGUAAUGAGCGUCCUGAGGCUCCCAGCGUCGCUGCUGCCCUGCCGACCGGAGCUGCUGCGGGCUGUGGGGAGCCCGGCGGCCGAGCCGCUGCAGGGGCUUCCUGUGGCCGUCCUCCCGCCAUGUGAACACUUUCCUGCUUUCAAUACCAAAAAAGAGAAGUGCGAGGCUUUAAGGCGCGGAAGCAAUUCUUAAGAAUUUGAAAUAUGCAAUUAAAAUUGGAUGUGUUUUGACGCAA